UAACCAAUUUUGAGCAACUGUCUACUUUAAGAAGAGAAACAGUAAUUUUACAAUCAACGUGCUUCAUGAUCCAUGGGGUAAACAUAAACACUAUAUAAGUAACUUCUCUCUGAAGAACCUCUGAACAAGGAAGGCAAGGAAGAAAAUUUUGGUGAUCAGAAGAAAUAAUGACAAGUUUUCCAUGCAUGAAUGCAGGGAGUAAUGAAUCAAGCUAUGCUAAAAACUCCGUCGUUCAGAAAACUGUGAUACUCAAGUCGCGGAAUAUCUUGGAGAAGACCAUUGAGGAUUAUGCUGUGAAAGGAUUCCCAGAAUGCUUUAAGCUAGCUGAUUUGGGUUGCUCUUCCGGGCCAAACACUCUCUUGGUUGUUACUAACAUAAUUAAAAAUGUUCAUGCAAUAUGCAAAAAUAAAAAGCAAGCAGCACCUGAAAUUCAAGUGUUCUUGAAUGAUCUCCCUGAUAAUGAUUUUAAUACCGUUUUUAAAAUGGUACCACCACUCCUUUCAAAUAUGGAGAACUGUUUUAUAUCAGGAGUGCCUGGAUCUUUCUACACAAGACUUUUUCCGAGCAAAAGCAUUCACUUAGUUCAUUCCUCUUAUAGUGUUCACUGGCUCUCUAAGGUACCUGACAAGCUGGAGAAUAACAAGGGAAACAUCUACAUGUCAAAAACGAGUCCUCCCGGUGUUCAUGAAGCUUAUUUCAAUCAAUUCAAAAAGGACUUCAUGAAAUUUUUGCGCCUUCGAUCGGAGGAAGUGAUCCCUAAUGGUCGGAUGGUGUUAACAAUUGUUGGCAGGAGCGGAACAGAUCCAACUAGCAAAGAAUGUUGUGGCCUCUGGGAACUACUAGUGAUGUCACUUCAGGACAUGGUGGCUGAGGGUUUACUUGAUGAAAAAGAUAUCGACACAUUCAAUCUACCUCUUUACACCCCAUGUGUUGAUGAAGUUUUGGCUAUAGUUGAACUUGAAGGUUCCUUCAAGAUUGAUAGAUGGGAGACAUCUCAAGUGAAUUGGGACACUCAAGACGAAAACGAAGCGAAAUCUGUGAAGAGCAAGGGAAGCAGUGGCAAAAUUGUUGCAAUGGCAGUUAGGUCUGUAACUGAACCUAUGCUCAUUUCACAUUUCGGAGAGGCUUGUAUUGACAAGCUUUUUGAGAGGUAUGUUGUGCAUGCAGAUGAUCAUCUGUCAAGGGAGAAAACAGAGAACUUCAACAUUAUGAUAUCGGCAAAAAGGAAAUAGGAAUAAGCUUAAUUAGUCCAUCAAUGAGUUUGUUCUACUCAUUUUAUGGUCCAACCGUUUAAGAUUCAUAAGAGUUUCACUUAAUGUCAGAACUUAUAGUCCAUUUCAAUGUUAUAAAUGUAUUUUUGAGUUCAUAGUGAUCAUAUUGAAAAGUGUGGA